AUGUCAUUAUUUACGAGGACGGAUGAUGUUCCACAACCAGAAGAUGGAAGGGAGGUUCUUUUAAGGAGAAAAACUUUAUCUUUAUUGAAGGAAAACAUAGAGUACAAGAAAAUAAUUGAGGACAAACAAAAAGAGAUCCUCAAAUUGGAAUCUACGCUUCUUACAAGAAAUGAAGAUAUCGUUAAAGCUAAUGAAGAAAUUUUGAUUUUAAAACAAUUAAUCAAAGUACAAAGGCGAAAGCAAUUAAAAUUAAUCUUAAAGGGCUCUAAAUUGAGUAACGAAUUGAAUAACGUGGAGCCUAGGAAUCGAGGUGAUGAUGAAGUUGAAUCCAAUGAAUCGUUUAAACCACCUGAACCUAGACUGAGAGAUAUAAAUCUUAAUCCAAGUGAAGACUUUUUCAGUAAAAGACCUACUGAGGUUCAAUAUGGACAUACGUUUAAGAACUUAAUCAUAUCAGAAUACAGCGCAAUUGUUGAAGGUGUCGCAGUUGGUGACAAGUUUAUUUCAUUUGACACCGCUGAAAAAAUAUUGUUUAUAAUAUACGAUAUUAUAAACGGUAUUGGAUCUGGUAUCCAAGAUACAAGGGUUUAUGAGUUGGCUGAAAACUCGAAAACAGUAAAAAGAAUAAUUCAAUGCAGGUCAUGCAAUCAAAGGUUAGCAUUAUUGGAAUUUAAUAAUUUCAGAAGUCCUUUUGUAUACUUAGCAUCUUAUGUUGAAAAUCAUAUCUGCAAAUACCCUGAUAUUAUAAAUAAACUAGCAAUAAACUUUAAAAAAAAACUAAGGGAAAAGGAAGUACAAGAUAGCAAAGCUAACAAAAAGAAAAAAAAAACAAAAUCUGAACUUGAUGAAGAAAUUGUUCAAAAAUGGAGACACCAGGAACAAUUAUAUGAUGAAAUAUUCCAAAAAUUACUUGGUGAUGUGACAUUAUUUAAACAAUAUAUAUUCAUAAGUAAAACUGUGAAUAUAUCUUCAAAAAGAUCAUUAGAAUUCAUAUCAGAGGUUACUCUUCGUUUGUAUCCUAAGAUGAUGAAUACAAACCAGAAAACAAUGUCGCAAAAAUAUAAAGAUCUUAAUGAUCUUGUUAUUGCUUGUUGUAUCAAUAUAAUGGGACUAGAUAACUCUGAGGUAUUUCAAAGGAUUAAUGAGAGAUUGAACAAAACUUUUUCGGUUAAUGAUUUCACCACCAGCACAAAGAAGAACGAAGAAUCACAACUUCGUAGAAACAUUGGUAAUAUUUAUAAUGAUGAGUUCGAAGACAGUGACAUUAUAUCGCUUGCAUUAGAACUUACUAAUUAUGAAAUCACCAUGUUUGUGGCAUCUGAGGAGAAAAUGAUAUUUACUAAUUAUAAGUCUGAGACAAGUUAUGGUGUUGAUCAAUUUCCAAACUCAGAUCAGGUGUUGGAGAAAUUGAAUAAUAAUAUUGAUAAAGCCAAGCAGGAGAAGCUAAGAAAAGAAUUGUCAAGAUCUACAGGCGAACAUGGUAAAGAAAAUGAAGAAUUAAAUUUUGAUUUGGUGGACGAAAUGGAUGAGGAUUCUGAAGAUAAUGAUAUUCCAGAUGCUGAAAAGGCUUCGCUAAGUGAACUAGCUGCUUCACAUGUUGAUCGGAACGAAUCAUUCUUUCCAUUAGCAGAAGUUUAUAAUAAAAGCAACAGCAGUACACAAUCGUUUACCCAAGAGUUUAAAGCAAAGAAAGAUAUUGUUGAUAAAUCUGUCAUUGAUAAUGCAAUAAAUCUGUUGGUUGAACUUAAGAACAAGAAGAAAAGUAUUGAUCUGGUCUACUUUCAAAACAAAGUGUCACAAGCUAUUUGGGAUAAAAGUGAAGGCUGCUUGUUUUUGGAUGGCACUUACACGAAGAUCAAAUAUAGUAGAUAUAAAGACAAUUUCAACACAUUGUUGGUUAUAUCUACAAGAUUGUGUAAUGGGUCAUCAAUUCCAAUUGGGUUCGCAUUAGUCAAUAAUGAAAAUUUUAUUAAUUGGUCAAUUGUAUUGGAAACUUUUAAAAUGGUUAACUUUGAGGAGCUUAAAUCUUUGAAGCAAGUUCGUUUGCUUUCAGACAGCCAAAAAGGAUUGUUACUCAGUAUGAACAUUUGUUUAACAGAUUUCUUUGAAGAAAUGGAUAUCUCAAGUUGUAUCGUGCAUUUAAAAAAAAAAUCUGCUAAAAUAUAUAAAAGAUAA